AAACCUGCUUUUAGUAGCAACUUGGCCUCCGCCAUUCCUCUACGCCCUCCACGCUGUUCCGCCGAAUCCCAUCGGAAAACAAUCACAAUUACAAGACAUGGUGGUGGCAUCGGGUGCCAACUCCUUCGCUAAGGAGAUGACCAUCCGGAAACGAAUCGGCAACAUAUUUAAUAAAAGAGUGGAGGAUUUUUCAUCAUUAAGAGAGUAUAAUGACUACUUGGAGGAAGUUGAGGACAUGAUUGUUAACUUGGUUGAGGGAAUGGAUGUUCCUGCUAUUGAAGCAAAGAUUGCACACUACCAAAAAGAAAAUGCAGAACAAAUAAUGAAUGCUCAAGCUCGUAAGGCUGAAGAAUAUGCAGCAGCACUGGCAGCAAGCAAGGGACAAGCUGCACAGACUGAUGUUGAUAUGACGACAGGCACAAGCUCUCAGUUUGGGGUGACGACUUCUGAUGGGCAUUACGUCCCUGCAGUUGCUGGAGGAACGAUUCCACAACCUCGACCUACACAACCUCUCCCAGUAGGAUCUGGGGACGACCUGCAUGCUUAUCAUAUGGACGAUGAAGAGAUGAUGAGACUAAAAGCCGAACGUGGCGGAAAGGCUGGAGGAUGGAGCUUAGAAUUAAGCAGAAAACGAGCCCUCGAGGAAGCCUUCGGGAGCAUUUGGAUCUAGAUAUUUGCUACAACUGAUUAAAUCUAGUAGAGUGUAAAGCACAAUUUUCUUUUAGUCAUGUACCAUGGUUCCGAUUAAGGCUAAGGGUUAACCGUGGUUCCGACCUUUAGCCUACUGACCCUAAGGGUCCAAGUUCAUCGCCGCAUACAUUCAAUCGAGUAAAACAUGCCUUUUUAGUCAGAGGUCUUCACAGAAAUGAUUGUUCUACUUGUUGGUUGAUGAUAGGUAUCCUCCAAAUCCCAUCUUCAAGUGGAAUAUAUGUACAAGAAUUUUGAUUCAUUGUGUAAUUUUCAAUUUGUAGUUCAAAGAUGUUUACAUAUGCAAAA